GGGGCAGCAACGUUCCUUUGUGGCGUUGAGUCACAAACAGGGAAAGAGUAAGACGCAGCAUUGGUGCUUCAUUGAAGGCGCCAUUUCACUCCUUAUUCAUUGGCGCCGCGGCCUAUAUUCUUCCACAUCGGAUCCAGCGAGCAGCCGCAGUCAUGGUGAAAAUCUUUAUCGGCAACCUGGCCUGCAACACCAGCGUGGAGGAGCUGCGGGCCCUCUUCGAGAAGUACGGCAAAGUCACCGAGUGCGACAUAGUCAAGAACUUUGGCUUUGUGCACAUGAGCGUCCUGUCGGAGGCCGAGGAGGCCAUUCGAAACCUCAACCAGCACCAGAUGAACGGCUGGCGCAUGAACGUGGAGCUGAGCAAAGGCAGACCCAAGUCCAGCACCAAGCUGCACGUGGGCAACCUCGGCGACGGGGUCACGGCGGACAUUUUGCGGGCCAAGUUUGAAGAGUUUGGCUCGGUAGUGGAAUGUGACGUAGUCAAGGACUAUGCCUUUGUUCACAUGGAGCGAAUGGAGGAUGCCCUGGAAGCCAUUAAUAAGAUGGACAACACCGCCUUCAAAGGCAAACUGAUGAGCGUACAACUGUCCACCAGUCGGCUGCGCACGGCCCCGGGAAUGGGAGAUCAUACCGGCUGCUUUGUCUGCGGAAAACAUGGUCACUGGUCAAAAGACUGUCCAGUCGAUCGCAACAAUAGCUACGGUGACGACAUGAGAGGUUUCGGCGGCCGGGGCCCCCCACGCGCUCCCCAAGGUUUUGGCCGAGGCGGCUACGGAAUGGUCGCCGCGCCCCCUAAUUACAUGCCUGGCGCUGCGUUUAAUCGGGCUAGUUAUGGCAGGGGCAUGGCGCCGCCGCCGCCGCCCCCUCCUCGGAGGCCCGGCCCCGAGGUGGGCGAUCGGUACGGUGAGAGGUCUUCAGGUUUCGACCAAGACUCUAGUGUCGACUUCUACGAGAAGUACCGAGCUCGCCCUUACGGCUCCAGUUAUUUCGAGGAGCGCCGCAUGUCCUAUCUCCCCCCUCCCCCUCCUCCCCCACCCCCUUCUGCCCUCUCAAAGUUCUCGGGCGUGGACCCGUUCGACCGGCGUCCGCCGCCCGCGCCGGCGCCCCCCUCCGCCGCUUACUACGCGAGAGAGCACAACCCAAUCGGCCGGUUAGCCGGCGCCCCGGCGGGCUACGGUUAUGAGCGCAAGCGGCUGUCGCCCGGCACCACCUACAUGCCGCCGCGGCCCAAGGAGCAAUUCGCACAGCGCUACGCGCCCUACUGAAGUCCACGGUCUCGGACUUUUUCUGCGAGCGUCGUUUUGUCAAGCUUCCAGACUCCCAUCAAACGGCGUGGUUUGUCCGCCCCCUCAACCUUUUUUCUCUGUGUCACAUUUAUGUCCUGUUUUUUUUUUCACAUUAUGUACAUUGCUCGUUUUGCAAUAUUUUCAAUUUACAUUUUAAAAAUAUAUAUUUUUCUCAUAACUUCACCACAAAAAAAAACGAUUUUUUUUUCCAAGCGUCACAUGUUUAAAAAUUGUCUUGGCUUACGUUUGUGGAUGCGCGGGAGGAUGCAAAAACGUAGUGUACCGGUAGUCAUUAAUUUCCUCCGUUUGUUUGCUGGCUAAAAGUGAUUACCGAUGAUCGGCUCUAUUUCGCGUUUAUCUGAGAUGUGUUUCAGUCAUUUGUUGUGUCACAAAGUUUCUUUUUUUUUGUUUAGAUUACCGUUCAUGCAAUUUCAUUAACAAUAAUAAUGGAUCUAAAUGCCACGUUACAAUUAUUAUCCCAAAAUUAAAGUUUGAGUAGAAGCUGAAAACAAGUAAUACCUAAAAAAAAAAACAUUCCAACCUUACGUUUGACUCAUUUUGUGUCCAAAAUUAAAAUUUUAUAUCCCUUUUUGCCUUUCCGAAGUGACAGUUCUUUGAAAUAGUGUCAUUGAGUGACAGCAAGGCAUUUAACGUGUCAUUCACCUGAAUAUUUCUGAUUUGUUACACAUUUUUUUUCUGUUGCAAGAUCUCUUAAGGGUGAAUGACUCAGGGAAAAGACGAUGCGAAGAGGCACCAUUUGUUUUUUUUCUGUGCCUUUUUUGCAUAUAGGUGAAGUUGAAUAUUGUAUUUUUCUUACUUGCUGUGGUAGUACCAACAUACAUACAAAACAAUUGUUUUUUAAUAAAAAAAAAACCAAAUUGGGUGACAA